AUGUCCAUGUCAUUUGCCCAAACAUAUAUCUUGGCCAGUAAAGUGAGGUCCAAGCUCACCAAGGAAGCCUCUUCACCAAAAUCAAGUUUGCGCAAUUUGGUGACACAAGCAAAUAUGUUGGAUAAUUUGAUGGAUUAUAUCAGUGAAGAAACUGAGAAGCGUACCAAAAGAAACCAAGAAGAAGAAAAACAAAGAAGAGAGGUUGUAUUCAACAUUCCAGUGACCAAUAACCACAAGCCAAGAAGAAGCAGUGGCUUAGCCUCCAACACUCGUAAUACCAUUAAUGGUACUACCACAAGCACUAGCGCCGCCACAUCUGAACCAUUAUACAAGACAUCUAUCACUGAAUACGAAAUAGAUUCAGACUCAGACUCUGACUCAGAUUCUGAUGAAGACAGUGAUAGUGAUUAUGACUCAGACGACGAUGUAGAUGAUGUUUAUGACGAUGCUAUUUACGAUGACAAUGUUGCUGAGAUUCACCAACUCAGCGACGUCAUUUUCGAUACACCACAAAGCUCAAAGAACAAUUAUACCCACAUUCCACAGAUCGUUGACCAUCAAACAUUUAACACGUCCCAUACAAUGGUUGAUGAUGAAGAUACCGAGAGCGAAAGUGACUCACUGGUGUACUCUUCUGGAGACGACUCUGACGAUUAUUAUAUCUACUCUGAUCCUGAAGAAGAGAUAGAAGAACAGAAACAGAAACAGGAACAGGAACAUGAACAAGAGCAAAAUAGAGUGCCCAGAACAUUGGUGACAUCUCCCUCAUACAAACAAUUACCAACCUUGGAUUUGUCAUUGAACUCCAUUGAAGAAGAAGAGGAAGAGGAAGAGGAAGAAGACAUGGAUCUGGAUAAUUAUUCCACAGAAGAUGAGUGCCAAACGCUUAUUGUUGGUGAUGAAGAUCGAAGAAUGGAGAUGGAGAUGGAGAUGGAAAAUGAGAUUGGUCAUGUACCGGAGUUAUCAAGAACGCAUCUGUUAACUGACGACGAAGCAGAUCACUUAGUACAACAUCACCAUCAAAUCAUUUCACCUUUUGAAGAAGAAGAAGAAGAAAAAGAAGUGAAAACACUAUUACAUAAUGGAAAGACCAUGCAGCAGCAUCAACAACAUAAGCAAUACCAACAGGAGUACCACAGCCAUCACAACAGUCACAACAACCAUAUUCAAGACAAUAAAGUGGGUGUGCAAAUACAAGUUCCUGGUUUAUUCAAACAUGAUAAUAUCACCAUUGAACAGAUUUGUUGA